AGAUCAUUAGCUUAGUUUACAUUCAGUCGAACAAACACAGACUUAAAACAUCGAUUAUGCUGGCUUUUAACAGUUUAUCUCAAUGUUUCCAAGCCGAAACAUAAACAAUGACUCUUCUAUCCCCGGAGAGAAACAUCUGUUUUCUCUCCACUGUGUGCUUCUGUAUUCACUAGUGCUGAUUGGUAAUGAUUAAUCCAUUUGCCUGAUGAGUCAAUCGACAGAAAAUCAGUUGACACCACCCCAUGUUCCUUCGCUGGCUGAGCCCCUUCGGCUCCUUCCUCCCCCGCAGCCAUCCUGCUCUCUGCAGUGUCGGCUUCAGGAGCAGCAGUGCCUCCUUCACCUCUGCCCCCCACUUUAUCCCCACUCCACAUCCAUGGUGGUCAGUGCGGGGAUUUUCCCCCUGGCCUCCACAACUCACCCACGCCCACCCAGCAGCACGUCAGCCUGUCUAUGGUAGCUUGCUGCACCCUCUUUAUAUCAACCCUGGUAACUUAAGCGGUAGCUGGCGUUCAUUCUACACCUCGGCCGACCUCUCGAUGGAGCGGGCCGACAGAGAUCGAGGGCCUCCUCACAAGCGGAGGAAGAGUGAAGAGGAGAGGAGAAACAAUGAGGAAAGAGGAGGACACAGAGGAGGAGCCGCAGGGACAACAGGAGGCAAGGACAGGGAUGGAAACUCCAAGAGGGAGCACCAUCACCUGGAACCCAGCGCGGACGGCAGGCCUCGACCAAACCACAGCUUCAGAGAGGGAAGUCGAGACAGAGGGAGGGAUGGAGCUGGAAGAGGUGUCAGUCGGGAAAAGAGCAGCGAUGAAGGCGUAGAAAGGACUAAAACCUGGAAUAAAGACAGACAGAGAAAAGACAGCAGCAGUCAAGAUGGAACCCAAGGUCAAAGGAGGAGCCAACAUCAGCAAGAAAGGCAUAAAGAGUCACAGCCUGCAGGAUCCAGGACUCAAACCCCUCAGUCUAAACCUGAACAGGAGAAACCUCCUGUACCCAAACCCAGGCCUAACCCCUGGUUCAAAGACAGAGGUGCAGAGGAGCAGGGAGGGCAUCACAGGAAUAUAAAAGGACCAGAGGAACAUCCGAGGGACAGAAGCAGCAGUGGAGGUCCGUGGACGGGGCCCCGCAGCACCGCCCAUCCCCCAAACCCGUGGCAGGUAGCUGGAGCCAACAGACAGCCUCCUCCACCUGGAACCUCCCAGCCUGUCAGACAGCAGGACGAGGCUGCACCAGUGAAAUCUCUUCAGAGACACUGGGAGACCUCCCCUGCCUGCAGUGCCUACCCUGAGCCACCAGGGGUCAGCACAGCCUUUGACUUCUCAGUGAUGUCCUACAACAUCCUGUCUCAGGAGCUGCUGCAGGACAACGCCUACCUGUACAGACACUGUGACCCCGCCGUGCUGCCGUGGGAGUACCGGCUGCCCAACCUGCUGGCAGAGAUCCAGCAGCACAAUGCUGAUAUCCUGUGUCUGCAAGAAGUCCAGGAGGACCACUAUGAAAACCAGAUUAAACCUGCUCUACAGACACUAGGCUACCAGUGUGAGUAUAAGAAGCGGACAGGAAAGAAACCAGACGGUUGUGCCAUCAUCUUCAGAUCAUCCCGCCUCUCCCUCAUAUCCUCUAAUCCCGUUGAGUUUUUCCGCCCUGGUGACACCCUCCUCGACCGGGACAACGUGGGAUUGGUCGUGCUGCUGCGACCCAACAACGGCGUCAGCCAGUCGGAUCCCUCCGCCUUCAUCUGCGUCGCCAACACCCACCUUCUCUACAACCCCCGCCGCGGUGACAUCAAGCUGGCUCAGCUCGCCAUCCUGUUGGCCGAGAUCAACCGGCUGUCCCGCCUUCCAGAUGGGUCGACCAAUCCGGUUGUGCUCUGCGGGGAUUUUAACUCCACCCCCUGGAGUCCACUUUAUAGUUUCCUGACCACAGGCUGCCUGGAUUACGGAGGACUGCAGAGCAGCAAGGUGUCUGGGCAGGAGAGCAGUCCCAGAGGUCAUCGUCCCCUCACGUGUCCGAUCUGGUCUCACAGUUUAGGAAUCAACCAUCAGUGUCAGUACGAGAACAAACCUGCUGCUGAGUCCUCCCCCAGCAGCCCGACAGCUGUGGAGGGAGCGAUCUCUAAUUUGACUGUAGAAGAUCUCACCAGCAAAGCUGCUGCAGCUGCUUAUAACAGAGCGAGGAUCGAGCACAGCCUGAAGCUGCAGUCAUCCUAUCAGCACCGCCUGAUGCCUGAUGGGAGACCUGAGAUCACCACCUGUCACUCCCGCACUGCCCUGACUGUGGAUUACAUCCUGUUCACUCCAGAAUUCACCAACUCUCCUUCACUUCCUGGUGGCCGGGGGCUGCAGCUGUUGGGCAGGCUGUCAUUGGUCGGCCAGUCUGAGCUGGAGGAAGUCAACUCCCUGCCCAAUCAGCACCACUCGUCUGACCACCUCCCUCUCCUCGCUCGCUUCCGCUUUAAGCGCUGACCUGGGAGUCAGCUGACAUGAGAGUCAGCUGACAUGGUACCUGCUCUUCAACCAAUGGAUUAAUCACAGGGGGAAACGAUCUGCAGCCACACAGAACUUCUUUGACACUGUGUCAGUUUGGAGCUAAGUCCAAGGAAACGUUCAGUAAGUUCGACCUGACCGUCUCCGUUAGGUUGGGCUGGUGCUCUGUCUCUCCUGCUGCCGAAAAUAAUGGAUUAAUCCCAGCAGCUGUUGAUGUUGCUCUUCUCUUCUCAUGAAAUUAAAGAUUGUCCAACCGGUGGGAAUUUAGUCAGAUGAGAACAUAUCAACCAACCAUUCGACCGGGAGACCACAGCACCAUCGUUCAGUUUCGAUCAUUUUGGAAACAUCAGUUGUCAUCUGUCAGGUACCAUUAAUAUGCAUCCCUUUGAAAAUAACUUCUCCUAAUUUAAUGGUUUUACAUGUAUAUAAAGUUUUGUCAGGAUGUGAAUCCAUGAAAGUAUGAAUUUUAUUUUUAAAAACUUGAAAUUAACACUUGAAGAUUAAGAGCUGCUGAUGAGGAACGUGACUUGGUAACAGUUUUUGGCCAUGAUGGAGGAGCAAAGCAACACACACAGAUAAGAACUUAGUUUAAGUUUUCUGGGGGGUGUUAAGAGUGUUGUAUUGUUACUUACUAAAUAUUUUGUUGGGAAAUAAAACUAAAUUUGUAUUUUAAAUUAGAUAUGUGUCAACAGUUGCUUCUGUAUCAUCGCCUCUGAAGUGUGUUUUCUACUAAAAUCCACAUUAAAUGAAACUGCACAGCAGUAAAGUUUUUCUCUUUACAUGUGAGAACAUGUAAUUGGAAAUAAAUGUUGUAUGAGUCAUAUAUUCAGGAUUUACAUUGUACAUUUUAUCUGCAGAUUCAGAUUGUAAAAGCUUUUAUUUUUAACUGUUAAGUAUUGGAGUUUGUAUUUGGUGCCAACAGUGAGUGAAACUUUUCUAAUGUUUACCUCAUGGCCAGUCUGCUCUAAGUUCAGACUUGUACAUAAUCUACAAAUAACAAGGGUAGAUAUAUUUUUCUAUCAUUUUGGAAAGAGAGUUGUUGCCAGUUUUGAAAAGUUGACGCUCUGUAAUUAAAUAAAAGAUGUGUUUUUA